ACUGAAAGUAAACAGUAUUUAAGUGUUAGCCGACUAGAGGCGUCGCCUCUCAGUCCUCGUUUCAACCGUGUAGUCACGUGAAGCUGGACGGUACAGUGCCUCAGUCGGUCUGUGCCGCAGGCUCCUCGGUGAGAUCCUACCAGUCAGCUCCACGUUGUCUGGCGGAGGGAGGAGGGGGUCAAGAAGAAUAGAGUUUCAGCUGGUACAGUUUGUAAGAAGAGCAACAGUUCCCUCUUCCUGUUAGCUAUCAGCUCCAUUUGUCUGCUCGGCAUUAUUUACUCCGGGAUUGAAGGGGAGACCAAGCAUAUCUGUAGGCUGAUCCCAGUCCAGGUAAAAGGAUAGGAAAUUGUCCAAAGCAACUGACAGAUAUUUGCAUUCACACGUACUGCCUUUCCGGAAAGUUUCAGGAAAAUGCCGCUUGAAAGCAUUUUAGGAUAAUGGCGGAAGGAUAACAACCAAGGAGUCAUAUUCCCUCAACCCACAGCGACCCCACUUCCCCCUUUCCACUUUCGAACCUCCCCUUGCUGAACUUGUUUGAGUGCUGUCUCUGCUCAUUGCCUGGUCUCCUUGGAAUUUCAUGAAAUUUUGAAUUCCACAGCAGAAUCAUGUGAAUUCAUCUCAAUCUGAAGAGUCCCCACUUUAACACUCCUGGACAAAAGAGAGGAUGAUUCAAAAUUUUUAAAUAAUUGCAAUGUGACUUGAAAUCAAAUUCCUACCCUUCUGAGAUUGCUGCCUUUGUGUGUACUUUUUUCACUCUGGUUCCAUCAAUUGUUCCCUAUUGCAGCCUUUUCAUUUCCCUUUUCUUGUGACAUUGGGCCAUGGUUCGAAAGAAAGGUUCUCUAAUACUAUGCGGUGCUUUCCUGUUUGUUGCAUGGAAUGCUUUGCUUCUACUUUAUCUUUGGGGCCGCCCUCCCAUCGGCCGCCCCGGAGAAGGUGGAGGAGCCGAACCAGGAGGAAAGGAGGAGUGGGGUGUGGGCAGAGGGAAAGGAGGCCAGAUCAAUCUAGCUGGAGAGGUGAUCCGGCUGGCUGAGGAAGUCGAAAUCCAACUUGAGACGCAGAAAAAGCUACUGAAGCAGAUUGAAAGUCACAGGGCUGUGUGGGCUCGGCAGAAGGAUGUUGGUAAGAGACAAACAGAUGAUACAAAAGAAGUUAAAGAAGAGGUUGUCCACCAGCCAUCGAAGCCUCCACUUCCUGUCAAGGCCAGUGUAGAUGACAAGACCCACACUGACGUACAACUAACACAGAAGCCUGUUUAUACAGUAACCCCAAACUUUAAGUUAGAACAGCACCAAGCCACUGAAAUAAAGGAAGAUGUUGCAGAGAAUAGUAAUUUGCCAACUUCUGUUGCCAGCCCACAGGUUGUCAUUCCCAUUUUAGUUAUUGCUUGUGACAGGGUAACAGUUAAACGGAGCCUCGAUAGACUGAUACAGUACCGCCCUUCUCCACAACUAUAUCCAAUUAUUGUCAGCCAGGACUGUGGCCAUGCCGAGACUGCUCGUGUGAUUGGCUCAUAUGGAGAUCAAGUGACGCACAUAAGCCAGCCGGACCUGUCGGACAUCAGAGUCCGGCCAGAACACAAGAAGUUCCAGGGCUACUACAAAAUUGCCAGACAUUAUCGCUGGGCACUCAACCAAGUGUUCAACACCUUUUCCCAGUCUACUGUGGUUGUAGUGGAGGAUGACCUGGAGGUGGCACCGGAUUUCUUUGAGUAUUUCCAAGCUCUGUACCCAAUUUUACGUGCAGACCCCACCCUGUGGUGUGUUUCUGCCUGGAACGAUAACGGUAGAGACGCCUUGGUGGAUCCAUCCAAGGCUGGUCUCCUCCAUAGAACAGACUUUUUUCCCGGGCUUGGCUGGAUGCUACUGAAGAACAUGUGGGACGAACUCGAACCCAAAUGGCCCUUGGCCUUCUGGGAUGACUGGAUGCGUCAACCAGAGCAGCGCAAGGACCGCUCUUGCAUCCGCCCAGAAAUCUCACGGACUAUCACCUUUGGCCGUAAAGGCGUGAGUUUAGGUCAAUUCUUUGACCAGUACCUUCGCUAUAUUAAGCUAAAUACUCAAUUUGUGCCUUUUACCAAACAGGAUUUGUCUUAUUUGUUAAAAGAGAAGUAUGAUGAAAAGUUUAUCAAAGAGAUUUACAGUGCACCACUGGUGAAAAUUGAAGAACUGCAGCAAGGGGGCAGCUUAAGAGACCCUGGACCAUACAGAGUGCAGUACUCCAGCCGUGACAGUUUUAAAGUCUUUGCUCGAAAUCUGGGGGUGAUGGAUGACUUGAAAUCUGGAGUUCCCCGUACAGGUUACAGAGGCGUAGUCAGUUUCCUGUACCGAGGCCGAAGGGUGCUCCUGGCUCCACCAGAGGGAUGGAUGAAGUAUGACAUCAGCUGGAGCUGAAAGUCUUAUUCAAUACAAUGUGAAUAAAGGUUGAAGAGGGGAGACAGCCUUACUCAGAGGAACUCUCUGAGACCAAAGAAUAUCAGCUGACGCAGUAGUUCAAGAAGGGACUGAAGCAUCACAGCUGGGGCUGCACAUCAGGAAGAUCAAGAGUUGACCCUGGCCCCUUUGUCAGGGUAGGUUCUAAAAUAGGGUGCUCAUUCAGGAUCAGUAGGUCCAUGGCAACACAGACCUCACAUGGAGUUCAAACUUUUAGGAAGAGUCCACCCUUAAACACUGUUUCAAAAGAGCUAUUGGCAAUGUGCCUUGAUUUAUAGGCCCACUUCGUUUUAUGUAUUUUUAUUUCUGUGAAAAUUGGCCAAAUGUAAGGUUAACAUCCCAUUGUUGCUGUUUGCAGCAGCUGUAAAUGAGGGGUGUUGCAGACAAUUCUUUGAAUCAUAAACAAGGAGAGUGUGUUUCAAAGUCAGCGAUUUUCUCCACACACUAGAGGAAACAACUUUGGAGGAAAAAAAAUAGUGUAAUGUUUUUGAAAGUUGUUAAAUUUGACCCAACUAUCUACGUCAUGGUAUUGGUUUAAGUCUAUAAAACUAAUCAGAAACAGAGUGUACAAAGGAAAUUAAAAACUUCUACCAGGUUUUAUGUGGUAAACAAAGGCCAUAUCCACUGCUGAACUGAGUCACUAUAGCCCUGAUGGUUAUCAUUUAAGGAGACAGGCUUCCUCAAAGUGCAAUAACGUGGAUCCAGCAUGAACAAGCUGCAAAAUGCUGUCCAUUCUGUAUCACUGUCAAACUCACUGAGCAACUCAUAAAGUCUGUCGGGAAGGGUGUCUGCUCAGCAGAUUCUAAGAAAACGAAGAUGGGGAUGAACAAGGUCAGAUGGAAGCAAAAUAUUCAGUACAAUGAUUUGGUCUGACCAAGGGGUUAACCCUAACCCUAACCCUAACCCAGGGUCUCCUCUAUUGAAAGGGUUAGGGUUCAAACCCUACAUUAUCUUUUUAACUAACUGAGUGCUAAGAACUGCAGACAAAUUAUACAAUUUGUUCUGUAAUUUAGCUAUAAGCACCAAAAGCACUGCGAGGACGACAUCUUGAGCCAUCUUUGACUGUACGUGAUUUGUAUUGACUAAUUAUAGAGACAUUUUAAGUAAACCAUAGUUUUGUUGCUUUACAGCUACCUGUGUCAUUUUCCCCUAACUUACAGAUUGUUUAGAGGACCACCUACCAUCAGGUGAGCGCAUAAAACAAUCUGUAAGUGCUCAGUGACUUGAGAUGUCUGAGUUCCAGGAGAUAUUUACUGGACUGUGAUGUGUGAUAUGGUCCUGAAUCAGGGCUACAGUGGCAUUACUAGAGGAAACCUUUGGAGCUAUUGGUAGUAAGUAAUACAUUGAAGUAAAUUAAGAUGCCAGAUUGCAAGAAGAAAAUCUGAAUGAUACUCCAUAAUAAAAUGGUCCUGGUAAUUUUUGCUACAGGACAAGUAACAUAUGUUUAACAGUGUGGGAGCACCAAGGAAGGAGUUUUUCUCAAAUUAUCAGCACUGCUCUUCUCAGGCUACGUCCACAUUAAUAUUACUUGUUUUGAAAGAUUCACGAGUGUUUAAGCCUCUAAAAAUGAACACCUUUCAAAACAGGCCCGGUUUUGAUUAAAAAAACUCCAGGCUCCUGUGUUUUAGUCUGUUGGGGCUAGAAUAGGCAUUUUGAAACAAUGAUUUGCUUCUUGAUUGAAUCUUAAACUUGAAUGGACUACCAGCAGUAAUGGAAAGAAUUGCUUGCGCUUAAGCUGCCAUUCCAAGAAAAGCUAAAUUGUUGCUCUUACUAUACUAAAUAGUUGCUUUAAGACUAAUAUGCAUUAGUAUGGAUGUUGCCUUAGAUCAGUUAAUGAACAUGGCUUUGAAAGCAGUGUGAUGACAACAUUAAAUCAAAGGAGACAUAUGAUCUUAUUGUAUUAAAGCCUUGGUAUGCUUCAAGUCAAGUUGAACAUUUGACAUUUAUAUAUAAAGUUAAAAGUUUUACGACUAUUUUUUUUUUAAGGACCCCACUCGAGGACAGGUGAGAAAUACUGUGUCUAUGUAGUCUUGACCCAAUUAUUUGUACAAAUGAAUAUGACAACAUAAAAUAUACAGUUUCAUUUUAGAAAGUGACAAUAGCUGUGUGAAGAAAGCUUGGGGAGCGGCUUCACACAUCCCAGUUCCUUUCCAGUCACUGUGUAACAUGGGUGUGAUUGAUUCUCGUCAGUUUCAGAAAGUUGCAGAAAUUAUCGAACACAGCUCCUUCAAUUCUGCUGUGAAAGGUUUGCAGACAGCACUAGAUGACACCAUCAACAUAUUGUUUGAAGCAUACUUAGGCUUUAAGGUAAAAUUUUUCAUAUUUGGAUGAAGCUCUUUGGAUUUCUUUAUAUGUCUUAUGUUUAAGAGCAGCCCAGUUUAAAUUCCAUGAAAUGUUUGCUGGAGGAAAUACAAUAUUUAUACUUCAGCUGCUUUGGAUUUCAGAAGCUUAUGUAACCACACCUCUUUUUGGAUGGAUAAACUUGGUGUCUAAAUAUGUUGAAGGAAAUAUAUUAAUAUGAAGGAAGAAACUAAAAUGGGAAAGCGGUUUUAAAAUGAUUUAACUAUUAAGAACUUGAAGUUCUAACAAGUUUGCCAAGCUACAAAUAAGAUUCAGACAUCACUGAGUCGGACAUUUGAUUGAUGAUCGCCCUGGAGCCCUGAUGUGGGGAAAGUUGUAACUACAUGACAUCCAAUCCAUGGUUUGGUCAGAUUAGGUUUGUUGAAAAACCAAUGAUUGUUUGAUUUUUAAUUGUUUCUGCAACAGGAAGGCCGAGAAAUGAUUAUCACUGUACUGUAAUUAGCUUCGGGAGAUUAUCAACAAGAUUGAUUGAGUCCCAUGUCUGUAUGGUGAUGUGUAAAACCACUGCCUGAUGUGUUUAUAACUUGAACACAGUAUAAAUAAAAUCAACUAUUUUGAUAUUUGUCAA